UAAUAAUAAUUUUACACAACUCAUCUUCUUCACACCCUCAGAUCUCACUCUUUUCAACACACACAAAUGCCGUCUGAUCACAACCCUACUGCAUAUUAAUCCCCAAAUCAAAUCGAUCAAUUCUCCAAAUUAGGGCACUCAAUUCUCAGAUCUAAAGGUUAGAAAACGGUUGAACAAGAUGUUGACGAAGUUUGAGACGAAGAGUAAUCGAGUGAAAGGCUUGAGUUUCCACAGCAAAAGGCCAUGGAUCUUGGCGAGUCUUCACAGUGGUGUGAUCCAGCUAUGGGAUUACCGGAUGGGGACGCUCAUUGAUCGGUUUGAUGAACAUGAUGGUCCUGUUCGUGGCGUGCACUUUCAUCAGUCGCAACCGCUUUUUGUUUCUGGAGGAGAUGAUUACAAGAUCAAAGUAUGGAACUACAAGCUUCAUCGCUGUUUGUUUACUCUUCUCGGCCAUCUCGAUUAUAUCCGGACCGUUCAAUUUCAUCAUGAGAAUCCUUGGAUCGUUAGCGCUAGUGAUGAUCAAACUAUCCGUAUCUGGAACUGGCAAUCUCGUACUUGCAUUUCUGUUUUGACCGGACACAAUCAUUACGUAAUGUGCGCUUUAUUCCAUCCAAAAGAGGACCUUGUGGUAUCAGCAUCGUUAGAUCAAACCGUUCGAGUUUGGGAUAUUGGUUCCCUAAAGAAGAAGACAGUUUCCCCUGCUGAUGAUAUCCUUCGGCUGAGUCAGAUGAAUGCCGAUUUCUUCGGUGGCGUUGAUGCUGUCGUGAAGUACGUUUUGGAGGGCCAUGAUCGAGGAGUCAACUGGGCGUCGUUUCAUCCCACUCUUCCUCUUAUUGUUUCCGGAGCUGAUGACCGUCAAGUAAAGAUCUGGCGGAUGAACGAUACAAAAGCAUGGGAAGUAGACACACUAAGAGGUCACAUGAAUAACGUAUCAUGUGUUCUUUUCCAUUCAAGACAGGACAUCAUAGUAUCAAACUCCGAAGACAAAAGCAUUCGCGUUUGGGACGCUACAAAACGGACCGGCCUACAAACUUUCCGACGCGAGCAUGACCGGUUCUGGAUUCUUGGGUGUCACCCCGAGAUGAAUCUUCUAGCAGCAGGCCACGACAGUGGUAUGAUCGUUUUCAAGUUAGAACGCGAACGUCCCGCUUUCUCCGUUAGCAGUGAUUCCCUCUACUUCGUAAAAGACCGCUUUCUACGAUUCUACGAGUACUCUUCUCAAAAAGAUACUCAAAUUUUACCGAUCCGUAGGCCGGGCUCCAACAACCUGAACCAGGGCCCGCGAACUCUUUCGUACAGCCCAACCGAAAACGCGAUUUUAAUAUGUUCAGAUGUAGAUGGUGGAUCUUAUGAACUGUACAUCAUACCUAAAGAGAGUAUUACUAGAGGAGAUACAGUUCAAGAUGCGAAACGCGGUGUCGGAGCGUCUGCGGUUUUCGUGGCCCGAAACAGAUUUGCGGUACUCGAAAAAAGCACGAAUCAGGUGCUCGUCAAGAACUUGAAAAACGAGAUCGUGAAAAAGAGUGCGUUACCUUUUGCGACCGAUGCGAUAUUCUACGCUGGUACGGGUAACUUGCUAUGCAGGGCGGAAGAUAGAGUGUUCAUCUUUGACCUACAACAACGAUUGGUUAUUGGAGACUUACAGGCGUCUUUUGUAAGAUACGUUGUUUGGUCAAGUGAUAUGGAGAGUGUUGCCUUGCUUAGCAAGCAUUCGAUAAUCAUAGCUGACAAGAAGCUCGUUCAUCGGUGCACACUUCAUGAAACAAUCAGAGUGAAAAGCGGAUCGUGGGAUGAUAACGGUGUGUUCAUCUACACAACGUUAACUCAUAUUAAAUACUGUUUACCGAACGGAGACAGUGGAAUCAUUAAGACCCUUGACGUACCGGUUUACAUCACAAAAAUAUUUGGAAAUACCGUCUUUUGUUUGGACCGUGAUGGGAAAAACCGUCCGAUAGUUAUUGAUUCAACCGAAUAUAUUUUCAAGCUAUCUUUACUGAAAAAAAGAUACGAUCAUGUAAUGAGCAUGAUACGAAACUCGGAGCUUUGUGGGCAAGCGAUGAUAGCGUAUUUACAACAAAAAGGUUUUCCGGAAGUCGCCCUACAUUUUGUGAAAGACGAAAGAACGCGUUUCAAUCUGGCGCUUGAAAGCGGAAAUAUUCAGAUUGCCGUUGCGUCUGCUAAAGAAAUUGAUGAAAAAGAUCAUUGGUAUAGAUUAGGUGUCGAAGCGCUUCGGCAGGGUAAUUCCGGUAUCGUUGAAUACGCGUACCAAAGGACAAAAAACUUCGAGAGGCUAUCGUUUUUAUAUCUGAUUACCGGAAAUUUGGACAAACUGUCAAAAAUGAUGAAAAUAGCCGAGGUGAAAAACGAUGUUAUGGGGCAGUUUCAUAACGCUUUGUAUUUGGGUGAUGUUCAAGAACGGAUUAAGAUUUUGGUUAACGCUGGUCAUCUGGCUUUAGCGUACGCUACAGCCAAAACGCACGGGUUGAAUGAUAUUGUCGAAGAUCUUGCGGAUAAACUUGAAGGUAAUGUUCCAACUUUACCCUCGAGGUCUAGCUCUCUUUUGAUCCCACCGACGCCUGUGUUAUGCGGUGGAGAUUGGCCGUUACUGCGGGUCAUGAAGGGAAUAUUCGAAGGCGGUCUCGAUAAUGUCGGAAAAGGUGGUAACGAAGAGUAUGAAGAUGCUGGUGAUGCCGAUUGGGGUGAGGAGUUGGAUAUUGACAAUAUUGUCGAUGUGGAUAAUAUUCAAAAUGGUGACAUCAGCAUGGCGCUUGAUGAUGGAGCAGUUGAGGACGAAAACGAAGAGGGUGGUUGGGAUCUUGAAGAUCUCGAGCUUCCUGCUGACGUGGAAACCGAAACCCCGAAAGGUGUUACGAAUCGGUCAUCAGCGUUUGUGACGCCGACUGUCGGUAUGCCGGUGAGUCAGAUAUGGGUGCAGAAAUCGUCUCUUGCUGCUGAACAUGCCGCGGCCGGAAACUUUGAAACCGCCAUGCGGUUGUUGACCCGCCAGCUCGGAAUCAAAAACUUCACACCGUUGAAAUCGUUGUUCAUCGAUCUUCACAUGGGAAGUCAUUCUUACUUACGUUGCUUUUCAUCUUCUCCGUUGAUCUCAUUGGCUAUCGAGCGGGGCUGGAGUGAGUCAGCAAGUCCGAACGUCCGGGCCCUACCCGCACUCGUCUUCAAUUUCUCUCAGUUAGAAGAAAAACUCAAAGCGGGUUACAAAGCCACCACUACCGGGAAAUUUACCGAAGCGUUACGCCUGUUUUUAACCAUCCUUCAUACCAUUCCUUUAAUUGUUGUCGAGUCUAGACGAGAAGUGGACGAAGUUAAAGAGUUGAUCAUUAUCGUGAAAGAAUACGUUUUGGGUUUACAAAUGGAGCUUAAACGAAGAGAAUUAAAAAAUAACCCGGUCCGCCAACAAGAACUGGCGGCUUAUUUCACUCACUGUAACCUUCAGCUACCGCAUUUGAGGCUAGCAUUGAUGAACGCUAUGACUGUGUGUUACAAAGCGGGUAAUUUAAUCACAGCGUCAAAUUUUGCAAGGAGGUUAUUGGAGACUAACCCUACUGCCGAAAACCAAAUGAAAACGGCCCGUUCGGUUAUGCAGGCUGCUGAGAGAAACAUGAAGGAUUCGACGGAGUUGAAUUACGAUUUUAGAAACCCGUUUGUUGUUUGUGGGGCUACUUAUGUGCCGAUAUACAGGGGACAGAAGGAUGUUGUAUGCCCAUACUGUAAUUCGCACUUUGUUGUUUCUCAAGAAGGCCAGCUUUGUACUGUUUGUGAUCUUGCGGUGGUUGGAUCAGACGCUUCGGGUUUACUGUGUUCUCCAGCACAGAUCAGAUGAUUUAAUAAGUUUUCUCCUUUGGUUUAACGGUGUCUGGAUUCCGGAGAAAAGUGGAAGAAUUUUGGCUGGUAGCUGAUGUAGGGAGCCCGACGACAUUAAACUGUAAAUUAGAUUUGGUUAUGGAUCUAGUUUCAUUAUCCAGAUAUUUGAACCAUUUUUGUUUUCUUUGGACUUGGUUGUGGUUAAAGACGUCACAAAACGGUGUCGGUUUGUGAACUGUGGUUGUAUGUAGACGUUUUUGCUUGAUAUUUCAGGACCUAAUUGUUUCUCACUAA